GGAAUCUUGAAACCUGCUCUUCUCAGUCAUAGACCUGUUUUAAGAAAAUAUAGACAAGAUGGGAAUCUACAAGGGCCCGGUGACUUCGUUCAAGAAGAUCACCAAACUGAUCGUCACGGCCCUUCUUUCCAAUGGAAAAACAAUCCAAGACUACCGUCUCAUGGAUUCGGCAAAAGUCAAUACCAUUGACCGCUACCACGAUGGCGCCAGAUUCCCUAGAGGCAUCGGCACCAACCAGAGCAGCUCUCCAGAUGACUACAGGACCGUAUUCAACGCCUGGGAGGUGAACAGCGCCAUGAAGGGUCUCGAGAGGGAAUACGGCGUCCAGCUCACUCAAGCGCCCUUCGAUACCUAUUGGAAACAAAAGUCCACUGUUGCCUUCCUCCCCGUCCCCGACGGUGUCAGCCGUGUGGAGCGCAAACACUACCGCGUCUACCUCACCGCCGGCGUCCAGGCUCGCGAGCGCGGCGGCCCGGACAGUCUUCUUUACUUCAUCUCUGACCUCCUCUGGGCCGACAAGCACAAGGCCAUGCUCGUCUACAACACAACCACCGUCUUUACACUCGCGCAAGUCCGACAAGUACUGUCUCUCGGCAUCGUCAUCUUCCCCCUGGUCAACCCAGACGGCAAACUCUGGGACGAGCGCUGGAACAAUUGUUGGGGCAACAACAUCAACCCUACGUCCCGCCCCUCUGAGAAUGGCAUCGACGGCAUCGGCGUCAAUAUUGACCGCAAUUUCAACUUCACUUGGGACUAUCGCAAGAUCUACAAUCAGCAGGCUCUCGACGUCGCCUCCGACAAGCCCGAACAUGAGCUCUUUCACGGCCCCGCACCCUUCUCCGAAGCCGAGUCGCGGAACAUGGCGUGGGUCAUUGACCAGUACCCAUCCAUUAAAUGGUAUCUCGACGUCCACACAAAGAACCGCAUCGUGAGCCACGCGUGGUCGGACACUCCGAUCCAGACCACCAACCCCGAGAUGAACUUCCGCAACCAGAGCUACGACGGCAAGCGCGGUGAUGCGAACACACAGUAUGGCGAGUACAUGACCCCUAAAGACCACGACAUCUACAAGGAUAUCUCCAACAACAUGGCCGAGCAAAUGGAAAAGGUCUCUGGCGAGCCUUUUUACAGCAUCGACAAGCUCCGCAAGAAAGGACGGGUCUUCCAAGGCUCUUCUGGGACUGCCAUCGACUGGGCAUAUAGCAGACAUGUCGUGAGCGAGGCGGCCACCAAGGUCAUGAGCUUCAAGCUCAAGUUUGGCAUUUCGGAGGAGGAGGCGGCAGAAACUGGGCAGAAGGGCGGGUGCCAGUACUAUCCGUCGCGCAAGAUAUACAAAAGGGGUAUCUCGGAGAGUGCUGUGGGAUACAUGACCUUCCUUCUCAACGUCGCCAAGUAUGAGAAUAUGAAGGGUCCUUGGCCUUGAACUGAACAUCGUGGAC